CGGGAAAGCACUAGAUGUUGAUGAAAUUUGACCUCUGUGUGUGGAAAGCAACUCAAAAACCUUUUGAUGCCUUGAUGGACAUCUUCUUCACACAGCAGAGGUCUGAGUGUGGCUAAAGGUAUCAAAGCUAAAUGCAGCUCCGUCGGAAGAAGUGGCACAGCGUAGAAAAGCUGACGGUCCUCGCCGGCCAAUCUGCAACAUCAAUGUGUGUCGUCAUCGAUAUGCUAGCUUAGUACUGUUGGCCAUCCUCGGCCGUGAAGGGCCUCAACAAGAAGAAGAAGAACGCAAGAUAUUUUCUCAUGGACAUGGCAUCCGCCUCGGUUGAUGAAGAUUUGAAUGUUUCAACCCAACGAACGUAGUUCGUCCAGCACUAACAAGAUGGCAAACAUCGUCCGGCAGAGUAGCUUUCGCCACGUGUGGGGCGACCCCUGGAAGGCAAAAUGGGAAGAUUUGAGGCCGGCGACAAAGGUAUCGGAGUCCUCCGGCGUGAAGGCAAACAGCCAGUUUGUCGCCAUACCAUGGGGUACCGGCGGCGGAGGCAACAUAUGUCUACUCGACUGGAAACAACAAGGGAGAAUGCCACCAAGCAUACCGGUCAUUUCCGGACACCAGGGCGGGGUACGUGCAACUUUUUUUCUCCACGCCUAGAAGAAGAAGCAGGAUUUUUACUUGUUUAUUUAUUCCAUAACAUCAUAAGUCGGCCAUGGUUCUUGCAGCAACUGUUUUAACUUACUUGGCUGCAGCACUACUUCAUCGCAUUCACUUCGUUAGGAAAAGUACUCAGUUCUUGAUGGUCAGAAAAAGCACACCUUCCAUAGGUACUCGAUUUCGAGUUCAAUCCCUUCGACGAAAACAUGAUCGCGUCUGUCAGUGAAGACUGUCACUUUAGGAUAUUCCAAAUUCCAGACGGAGGCCUAAAGGAAAACUUGAAGCAAAGUGUGUGCGAAAUACCACACCCAAAGAAGGUACAUGUCGAUAAUGAAAUGAAAGAGAAAGCAUGAUUUUCUUUUUUGUCCGCGCCCUUACGUCCAGUAAGGUUUCUGUGUGAUCUUUUUGUAUCGUCUCGACCACGAUAUGCUAGACGUGCUGCUGAAUCAGAGAGGCUAAUGGGGACAAGCACGUCCACAAAGCCAGCAAACUUCGAGUGCCACAAGCAACACCAAAAGCACAGGUAAGUCUUCUGCACCACAAUCCGGCCGCCAACGGGAUAGUAGCCACGGGCGCUUACGACCAUGUCGUAAGAAUAUUGAACACGGAGACCCAAGACGCCGUGCUUGAGGUGCCCUUUACGGACCUACUACAGCACAUCAGGUGGAAUCACGAUGGCGACCUCCUGACGGUUUGCUGCAAGGACAAAUUCGUCCACAUAAUCGAUCCGAGGGUGAAGAAAGGGGUGGUGGCACUCACACGGGCGCACGAAGGAGUCAAGAGCAUGAAAACACUCUGGCUGGACGGACAUAACCAUCGAACAGGUGAGUAGGAAGGAGCAGAAAACAUUCUUUUUUAUGAUUUUUCAGAUCUUCAUACUAGAUAGAAAAGAAAACUCAUCUGGAGUCUGUUCCAUCAAUUUUGGCAAUUUCGCGAGCUAGCCACUUCUGUUACGACAUGUCUAUGUGGUUUCGCUUUCCUGGUCGCUGCGAUCGUCGUUCUAGGCUUCUUUUACAUAGCUCCGCAGUUGCAUCGCAAUCGCUAUUUUAAAAGUAGAAGUACAAAAAUUCGUUUGCAUGAGCGCAAAUUGUUCAUCAUCUUCGACCUACAACAAAAUCAAAUAAACAGACCGAGUACUUACGACCGGUUUCAGCAGUAUGGCGGAGAGGCAGGUUUGCGUGUGGGACUUGCGCAACUUCACCGCGGAGCCCGCCGGGUCGGAGCCCCUGCACCUCCUGCCCCUGGAUCAGGGAACGGGCGCGCUUUUCCCCUUCUACGACGCGGACACGCGGAUGCUGUACCUGGCAGGCAAGGGCGACGGCAACGUGAAGUACUUCGAAAUGGUGGAGGAGGCGCCCUUUUUCCACUACGUGUCCGACUACCGGUCCACCACGCCCCAGAAGGGGUUCGAUUUCCUCCCCAAGUACGCCGUGGACACCGCGAAGAAGGAGAUCAUGCGCGGGGUGAAAUGCGAGUCCGGGGCGGUGCAGGCGAUCUCCUAUGACAGUGCACAACUCCCCCCCCCUCAUUUGUAUAGCAUGAACAGCAAUACAAGCAUCAGCAACAGUGCCGGUUUUGCUUAACAAAUUUGCACUGGAGUGUAGUGCUAUUUGGGGUACCAAAACUUGUCAUGCAAACAGUGCCAAGAGAAAAAGGGUGGACGUGGAUUGGGUAAUUUGCAUGACAAAUGAGGGCGAGGGGGAGUUGUGCACUGUUAUAUCUCCUUCGUCGUGCCGCGAAAAUCGGAGGCCUUCCAGUCGGACCUGUACCCCGACACCCUCGCGCCCAUCGCCUCGCUCACUGCCGACGAGUGGGAGGGCGGCGCGAAGAAGCCGCGGACGCGCAUGAGCAUGAACCGCGAGAGCCGCACGGACGGCAGCGGCGUAUUCGCGUCUGCGUCCAACGGGAGCGCCGCUGCAAAACCCAAGGGAAUACGGGAGUACAAGGAGGAGCUGGCGCAGGCGCACGCAAGAAUAGCCGAGUUGGAAACGGAAAACAGGGCGCUAAAAGCGAAGCUGGGAAUGUAACGCUAAAAAUGCGGCUGCUCGAUAGGAAUAAACAAACUUUUUGUUGUGCUUGAACGAACACGACAGGACGUCCUCCGAUUAGUGUUAGUGUCGUGCAUCGUUUUCGACCGGCGCCUCCACCACAUCUAUUUCUGAAAUUCCAACACCCACUCUUGAAGUUCCAGAAAUAGGAUUGCUCGACAGCCACUACACCAGCAGCGCGGAAUUUUGUACCACGUUCUGCAGCGUUCAUCUUGAUCCAGCACUUCGUUUGUUUUAUCCGGUCCCGCUCCCUUCGUCCGCCCAGUUGUAAGUAGCUAACGACGCCCUCGUACGCUUCCAACUACAAUACCAACUUUGACACUGUGAAGAUCACCUGUACAACCACAAGGUAAGAACGCCCUGAAUUCGCUUCCUACUGCCCGAUGAACUUCUCAAAUGAAUCCUGUAUUGAUGUCGCUGUUUACGAUUAAAUAUUUGACAAUUUUUGAUGUCCUUGCGAGGAUUGAUUUGUAGGCGAAUAAACGAAAACGCAAAAGCCGACCACGCAAGAACUCCUGUUGAUUUGAAAUGUACCUCCCUGAGCAAACUGAGACAACGCUUCAUACACUCCAUCGCGUGAGUGAGAGUGGUUGUGCUGUGCACAUGAUAAAAGAAGAAGAACCGUUUUUGGGUCGUCGAGUUGUGGUAU